AUGCCCGUGAUAAGCAGGGCUCGAGUGUAUGCGGAUGUGAAUACCAAUCGGCCUCGAGAGUACUGGGACUACGAGGCGCAUGAGAUCAAAUGGAGUGAUCAAGAGGAUUUUCAGAUUGUCCGAAAAUUGGGUCGGGGAAAAUACAGUGAGGUGUUCGAGGGUAUCGAUAUAACCUCGAACGAGAAGUGUGUGAUCAAAGUGUUGAAACCGGUGAAAAAAGUCAAAAUCAAUCGCGAGAUAAAAAUCCUGGAAACCCUGCGCGGAGUAACCAAUGUGAUCCGAUUAGAUUGUGUCGUCAAAGAUCCGUUGACACAAACUCCGGCACUGAUUUUCGAAUAUAUUGACAAUACGGAUUUCAAAGAACUGUACUUCAAACUGACCGAUCAUGAUAUACGCUACUAUUUGUUUGAACUGCUUCGCGCGUUGGACUGUUGCCACUCGAUGGGUAUCAUGCAUCGAGAUGUCAAACCGCACAACAUUCUAAUCAAUCAUUCCCAACGUCAGUUACGUUUGAUCGAUUGGGGGUUGGCUGAAUUUUAUCACCCGGAUCAGGAAUACAACGUCCGUGUCGCAUCUCGGCACUAUAAAGGUCCUGAGCUGUUGGUUGAUUACCAGCUGUAUGAUUAUUCAUUGGACAUGUGGUCUGUGGGAUGCGUGUUUGCCAGUAUGCUACUGCGACGAGAACCAUUUUUCCACGGACACGACAACUACGAUCAGCUGGUUCGUAUCGCACGAGUACUGGGCACGGAUGAGCUGUUCCAGUACCUAGCCAAAUAUGAGAUCAAAUUAGAUCCGCGAUUCAACGAUAUCCUCGGUCGGCACACACGAAAACGUUGGGAGCGGUUUGUGAACGCAGACAACCACCACUUAGUGGUCAGCGAAGCGUUGGACUUGUUGGAUCGUCUGUUGCGCUACGAUCAUCAGGACCGGCUCACGGCCCGAGAGGCGAUGGAGCAUCCAUAUUUCAGUAGGUUAUGCUUGAUGUUUUUUUGUUUGUUAACUUGUUGGUUUUAA